ACCAUAGUAAUGGUAAUGCUAUGGUGUAUUUACAUACCCAACAAGAGAAAAUGACAGUCUUAUAGUUGUUUACCAGGGCUGUCAGGGAUUCUCUUUAUAUUAAAUAUGUUUAUUAUUAUUUUUAAUAGAGACUCAAGGAACUGAAACAGAGGGAGUUUGCUCGAAAUGUAGCUUCCAAGUCAAGAAAAGAUGAAAGGAAACAGGAAAAAGCCCUCCAACGUUUGCACAAGUUAGCUGAACUGAGGAAAGAGGCAGCAUGUGCUCCUGGGAGUGGUCCCAUGUUCAAGUCCACUACAGUUACUGUGAGAGAUAAUUUCCAUGAAAUUCCACAAAGUACUAUCAUAGACUCUUCUAACAAACAACAAAAUUUCAAUUGUACAUUAAUGCACAAUGCACAGAAUGCAAAAGAAGUUACUUCUAGUGCUUUUUCUGCUUCUGAAAGCGCAAGUAAUAACAAAUCUGACACUCACAAAUUUGGGGAUCAAGUUCAAGGAGCCCAUGGACAUAAAAUAGGAUUCUCUUUUGCUUUUCCUAAGAAAGCAUCAGUGAAGUUGGAGUCCUCAGCUGCUGUUUUCUAUGAAUAUAAUGAUGAAACAUCUAGUGAACAUGGAUUUAGCAGAAGAAGUAGAUUUGUUCCAGGAGCUUGUAAUUUUCAGUUUCCAUCAGCAACAGAAAUAGUUUUGUGCUCUGAGGAGAAACAAAACUACAUUCACCCACUGAUGGAAAAAGGUACUGACACAGCAGAAGCUUCUGAAGUUCAGGAGUCAAAAGAACUAUCCAAUAAAGAGAAUAAUAUAAUACUAGAUAAUACAGUAUUAGUUCCUGCUGAUUCUCAUUUGAAACAACCUGUGUCUUGUGAUUUGGAUGGCUAUUGUGUUGAUGUCAGUUCAACAACAUUACAAGAUCAAUCAUUGUCCACAGUUACCGUUAAUAAUCAGGUGCUACACGUAGAAAGUCACAGUUCUGAGAGGUUGGGAAAGAAAUCCCCAGCUCUUGAUAUCACUGAUGAUUGCUUACCUUUGCAAGAUAUCACAGAGGAAAAUGAUAAAUACAUUAAUAGUGAGUCAUCCACAACUGAAGCAGAAAUUAAAAAACUUGGGUCUGAUGUACAUAUGUCAUCAAAUUCUGAAGGCGAGAGUACAGCCUUACAAAACAAACAAGAGACACAUAAAAGACCUUGUGAACCAUUUGUUCCUGUUCUGAGCAAACAUGGAUCGUCUGUUCUUCAAUGGCCCUCUGAAAUGUUAAUUUACACAAAUACAGAACCAUCCAUUUCAUAUAGCUGUAAUCCUUUAUGUUUUGACUUCAAGUCAUCAAGAGCAAGUGACUGCAUGGAGAAAACUAAAAAUCAGUCAAAUGUAUCUCAUUCUCAUCACAAAACUGAGUCCAACCAGAGUCUUGUUUUAGAUGACACAGGUAAAUCUAUUUCAGAAUGUGCUGAUUACAAAACAGAAAUUAAUAAAAAUGCGUGCGAGCAAGCAACAUCACUUAUAACAGAUGUUUUGUUAGCUAAAAGCUGUGAACCUGCAACAAAUCAAGAUAAAAUGUGCUUGGAUGCCUCUUUCAGGACUGGAAAAACAGAAAAAUACCACAUUUCCAAAGGCCAUAUACGACAGGACACCGUGAUAGAUGAUAAACACAACAAAGUCUGGAACAAAGAAACUCACAAAAGAUGGUUUCACACAAAUAGGAAAAGGAAAAGAAGGAGAAAAUUAUGUCAUCACCAUCAUGAGGAAACAGCAAAGGCAGAUGCUGAAGUUUCUUCAACAGCUGAACAGGAAAUUAAUUAUGUCAAUGAAGAAAAACAUCAGCACCUUCAGAAUACUUCAGGGAAGUGCAGAGAUGAAAUUGGAAGCAUAUGGUUAGCUACAGAGCAGUUACAACAGUCAUGUCAAAAACUUGGCAUUGAAAACAGCGCUCACAAAAGAACCAUGUCCACAUCAACACACAUACAUGGUGACAAAGGCCCAUGUGGGACUUGGAACACAAAAAAUAGUGAUGACCACUGCAUUGGCUCUGAACCUCUGCACAGAAAGUACAAAGCAAACUCUCAUAGGCAAUCAAAACAACUGACUUUGAAUUCGGGAAGACAUAACUUAAUGUAUUCUAGAACAUUAUGUAGCUGUAAGGUCAGAAGAGCUAGCUGUAGCCCAGAUCAUAAAUGUUUGGAAAAAUGUACAAGUCAAAGCCAGUCCAUCAAGAGAGCCUACAACUUUCUGACUGAUGAACCUGAAAGAUCCGAUCGAAAGCGAAGACAACAUACAUAUUCUUGUUCAUCAGAUGAAAGUUCAUGUAGACAAGCAUUUUUAUCAGAAGAGUAUCUCAGGCAAACAAGUAAUUUAGCUGCACAUUGUAAGCCUAAAAGGAAAAGAAGGAGAAAAAGAUCUAGAACCCAUCACAUAUUUGUCAACAAAGAACCAAGAAGAAAUGAAAACCAUAGACCUCCCAGAGGCAAUUCUACAUUAAAUAUUUUGGGGGAACUGUUAACUCAAGAAAAUAUACAACAAACAAAAACUCAACCCAUAAAAGAUUAUACAGAAAAUGUGGUGCAAACAACACAGCUCGUAGAAAACAAGUUCACUCUACAAUCUGAUUGUUUACUUUUAUCAGAAAGUAACAAGUCAACAGAGUGUUCAGCAGUGGAGAGCUCUCCAAGUACAUUUUUGGAGGACUUCACGCAUUCCUCUGCUUCUGUUAUUGAACAUAGUAUUCUGACAACUGCAACACCAGAGAACAAGCUAGAAGAAGAAAAGAAACAUGAAAAUGUAAGGGCUCGUAAAAGUCAAGCUCCUUAUAAAGUGCCCAGUAUUGACAGAAAUGUGGAACAAACUCCUCGUAAAUCAUAUCUAUGCCAAUAUGAAGUAGCAGAGACCAUACCACAAGAAAAAAUAAAUGACCCAACCAGUGAAUGGCUGCGGUAUAAUUCAGGCACAUUUAACAGCCCUCCACCUUUGUCAUUCAAAGAAGCACAUACAAAUAGUCAUACCUUUUUAACCACUGAACAGAUACUUGCCCCAUUUACAUUGCCUGAUCAGACAUUGAUAUUUCCCCCAGAAAACCAUGGAAAAUUCAAAGACUUGCAAUUUGAGGCCUAUCAGCAGCUCAUGCAGCAAAACAUGCUGGCGAACAAGGUGAAGUUUGCCUUUCCUCCCACUGUAAUCCAACCUUCUAAUUCUCCUCUGCAGCCUUUGCCCUUGCAGCAGCCAUUAUGCUCUACCUCUGUAACCACAAUCCAUCACACUGUUUUACAGCAGCAUGCUGCCGCUGCUGCCGCUGCUAGUACAUUUAAGGUUCUCCAGCCUCACCAACAGUUUCUUUCACAGGUCCCAACCCUAUCAAGAACACCUUUACCUCAUCUUGCAGUAGGACCUAGACUUUGUCCAGGAACCCACACAACUUUUGUUGCUCCACCACAAUUGCCACUAAUUCCAACUUCUGUCCUUCAUCCGAGUCACCUGGCUUUCCCCCCAUUACCUCAUGCAUUGUUUCCUUCGCUCCUUUCACCGCACCCAGCUGUCAUUCCAUUGCAGCCCCUCUUCUAGGUCAAGUUUUCAACAAUCAAAAUGGAAAGAGUUGUCUCCAAAUGAACAUACUGCUAUAAGUAACCACUCAUCAGUUUUGACAAAUGGUUCUUUAAGUGACUGGGAUAAACUGGUUAAAAUGCCUCAUUAAUUUUGAAUCAUUUACUAUAAGUGUAACAAUGCAAAUAUGUAUGUAAAGUUCAGCUCCAUAAUAUAACUAAAGCACUGAAUAGUCUGAUACUAAUAUGAACUAUAAAUAUAUGAAAAUCAUGUCUUAGAAUAUGUAUAAUGUAUAUAAAAUAUAUUUAUAGUAUUGUAAUUUAUGUUGUAAAGUAUGCUCCUUUUGUUUUUUUAAUCUUUGUGAACUUGCACCUAUUUAAUGUUUAGACAAAGCUGAUGCACUGUUUUGUACUAUGUUUCUUGAAACUGUAAAUCUAGUGACAAACUAUCUCUUGCAAUAAAUUUUUUGUUAACUAUUUAAGUAUAUCAAAAAUCAUUCAUUGUAAGCCUCACAGAUGAUGGGUUUCAGCACUUGAAUAACAUAGCCUACUCCUGCUAUGUUUGGAUAAUCAGCUUUCCUAUCAUUCAAUGAUUUAUCACCAAGCUCAGAGGCUAACGCCUUAAGGGUAACUGUCUUACCGAGCCAGGGACAAAGGGUAAUAGAUCUAUUUGUGUUAGCAGUUUGAUGUCACUGAGACAAAUUUUGUCUACUUGUAGUAUGCGGACAAACUGCUGACUGUUUGAGACGCUCUCUUUUCUAUUAAACCAAAACCAACUCUUUUAAAGUAACAUAAAUAACAUGGGGGAAAAAGCAAGGACAUUUGGAGUAAACUGCAUUUAGCUUCUUCAGCAUAAAUAGCACUACAUUUCCUGCCAGAUGUCAUCCACAUCUGCACAUAUGCGUGAUUGAAACCACCAAAGUUGUUUUGCCAUUUUGCUUCUGCAAAACCCACAUUUCUACAUGGAAAUGGAAUAGCUGGUCAUGCGACCUGCAGUGUGUGCAGGGGAGCAAGGGGGGGGGUGCCCUUUUUGUGAGUGCAAUUUAUUUUAUGCCUAAAAAUAGGCACAUUUAAAUGGUGAUCAAUUCAGAAAAUUUAGCCAAAUAAUUACAUUGUUCCCUUGGUGGACACAUAGCUCAUGUUUACCUCAGUGGGAGACAAACAAGCAUAUCAGAAGGGAGAAUGUUGCCACUUGUGUAUCAUUUCAUGUGAUAAGUGGAAAUGGCAAGGAUAUUUGGGCAUAUUUGAACUGAGGAAAGUUACAACCCUGACUAGGAAUUUCCAAUCUUUUAAGCGGUUGAAUCAAACCCUUACUAUCACAUUAACAGUUUUGUCUGAAUGUUUUCAUAUUGUAUGGUUCUAAUAGCAUUUUGUCAAAUAUAUAUAUAAAUUGGUCCUUCUGACAUUCCUCUCUACUACCCCAAUCCCCUUAUUUAGGUCUGAUCUGAUCCAACUCUCAUAUAAGUCAAUGGGAAACUUUCUGUUGGCAUUACUGGAGUUGGAUUAGGUCCAUAAUGAUGACACGGCCCUAAAUGUAUAUGGCCCUAGCCCAGCGACACUUUUUCACAUGACCAGUCCCAUUCACUGUAAAUGGGACUAGUCACGUGGAUAAAGAGGAGGGUUUGCAAAAUCACUCAUAGUGGUAGUAGCAUACCCUCUUGUAAUAAAAUGUAAGGGAUAAUUUUGAAAUUCAUGUUGGCUUCCUUUCUUCAUUUAUAUGAUUAUGAUAAAAUUAAGUAAAAGUGAAGCUCAAGGAAAGAUAAUUUUUAAAGAAUAUAUUAAAUAAUUAAUACCAACUUCACUCUUAAGAGAGAGUAAAAUGGUAUAAAUAUAUUGUUAUAUUUGCCAUCUAUAAUACUAAAACUUACCUCUGCCAAUAAAGCAAAUUUUAAUAUCAUAUUACAUUCAAAAGCCAUUUCAAUCACUUUCAAAUACAAUUUUAAAGCUCUGGGUACACAUAUUUUACUUGUUCCAACAUCUUGCAGGUAUAGUACCAUUGUAAAGAGGAAAACUAUGUUGCUGUGCUAAAGGCUGGUACAAAGGAGCACUUUGAUGGCCUGGUUUUCCAAGAGGCUGAGAGGUCACACAUGGGUUUGUGGUAACAGGUGCUGCAGGUGCUGAGCAACUUUGAAAAUCUAACUAAAAGAUUUGUUGUUUUUUUAGUUUUCAUCCCUCCAGUUUGUGGUUUUAUGCCUAAUUUUGUUUAAUCUGGCAUAUGAAAAGGCUAGCUUAACGGCUAAUGUUUUUUAUGUUAUGUGUGUGAAACGUAUUUUUCCUGCUUUAAUGGUUUUAGACUAAUUUCUGAUUUAAGUAACAAUUUAUAUUUAACACAUUGUUUAGGAAAGGUUAGGGGCAAAAUAGCAAUUUUAUAACAUUACAAUUAGAAAAUAAUAAGAUACUGUGGAAAACAAUUAUGUACAGUUUUAUUAACAAGUUUUAUGUUGCAGCUAGUCAAAAUUUCCCAAAUUUCAAAUUUUCAACAAACAUUUUCAUCUAAAAAUCAUUUUUUGUUUUCAAAAAUCCCCCAGAUUUGCUACAAAUUUUUCUACUAGUUCUAUUUUAUACUUUGGAUUUUACACUUUCACUGGAAUUUAGCUUAAAUGUAUUGUCUAUUAAGGAAUUUAACAGUUUUAAGAUAUUGCAAAAUUAUAUAUUAUAUACAUUAACUGCAUUACAAUAGUGUAUAAAGUUAACGGAUAUAAGUAAAAUACCAAUAACAAGAAGUACUGUAAGUACUCUUUAUAGAUUAAUACGCUAAGAACUAGCACUGUUUUGUAUAUGUGACUUCAAAUAUAGAAAUACAGAAAUGUUUUCUAAUAUCAACGACUGAAUUUCAAAUUGAACAAGCUAAAUUAAAUUAUUUAAUAAAUAUUUCAUGUGAGUUGCUAUUGUAUUACUAAAUAAUCUUUACUGGAUACAUAAUCUAAGUGUAGUUCUGUAUACUUGUAGAAUGUAUACUUGUAUUUUCUGAUUUUACUAUCUCAUUCUAAAGUUUGGAAAUCUUUGCAAGUGCUGAAUAAUUGAAGACACUACGAUUCCUAGAUACACAACCUGCCAAGUUUCUUAAAUCGAAUUAAUUUCUUUAGAAUGUUCAAAUCUAAUCAGAAAUGUUGCCUUUUAAUGUUUUGCAGUUCCAACUCAUAUUGCCAACUUAUAUAAUGAUUGGAGUCUGAUUCCAAGGUAAAGGAAUAAAAAUAAGUUACCAUUCCUUUAAAUCACCUGAGUUGUUGGAAUUAAUUUAUCUUCAGAUUGCAAUGAUAAACCUAAAUUAGGUUAUAGAUUUUGUUAAAUGGCUUCCCAUUCCCAGAACAGCUACACAAAGAAAUGAUUGAAAAGUUAAUAUGUUCCACUGAGAUGAGAAAUGUGUUUUUUUCCUGUCCUUGGAAAGCAGCAAUCUGUCCAGACCAUGACCUUCCUGGAGGCAUGCCAUUUCUCAGGUAAUAUGUACCAUAAAAUAAUGUUCUAAAUAGGAUUUUUCAAGCAUUAAGAAUCAUAAUCGUCUUGCAUUGUUAUAGGCAUUUUAGACUAAUUGUACACUUGCCUUUCUAAACUGUAAGUACACAGAACAGUUAAAAUGCUACAAUACAUACAGAAAGCAGAAGAAUCCAAUUGUUCAUUUUACUGAACUUAACCACAGAUUAUCCUAAAUUUUAACUCUGCCUGAAAGGAAUAAACUCACACGGGGUUUCUGUAGGAAUGAGCAAAAUGGUUUACAGAUUGAGACAUCUGAUCCCCAGACAGUUGUAAAAAGCACACCUUUUAGAGCCUGAUCGUGCACAAUGCUGAACAACUGUAAGCUGCCGAGCACCCAGAAAUGUAAACUGAAGUCACUGGGAGUUGUGGACACAUCACCGCACAGUCUUGUGUGCC